AUGUCGUUUCGGUCUCCCCAAAGAAAUAAGCUGCAACAACGAACCCCAAUUUACGGAAGGAAGGUCGCCGACUUUUUUGAAAAAUGGCACAUCAAAAGAAUACUCUCAACGCCUUACCACCCCGCGGGCAACGGGCAAGCGGAAUCCUCCAAUAAGUCAAUACUGAAGAUCGUGAAGAAGAAACUCGAAGACGCCAAGGGACUGUGGCCGAAAAUAUUACCAGAAGUACUCUGGGCCUACCAAACAACGCCAAAGACGAGCACAGCAGAAACACCACAAUCGUUAGUCUAUGGGACUAAUGCAGUAAUACCGGUUGAGGUUAGGGAGCCCAGCUUAAGAUACUCCUAUGAAAGCGAACCCCAAAAUGAUGACAGUAGAAUACAGGAACUCGGCGAAGCCGAGGAACGAAGAGAUAUGGCCUACGUGAGAAUAAUCGCCCAAAAACAACAAGCAGAACGCUAUUAUAACAAAAAGGCAAAGAUCGGGCCACUCAAAGUUGGGGACUACGUGCUUAAAGUCAAAACACAAGCAAGCAAAGACUCGCAGGAAGGCAAACUAGGAACAAACUAG